CCGCUAAUUAUUCAGAACAGUUAUUGUUUUUUUUACCCGAAUCCAAGCACCAAAAAGACUAUUUAAGUUCGUUAACACGGAUUAAGGAGUUUCGUUCCGAGCCCGGCACGAGCCGAAAAGGACCGUUGAGAAACCGGAAGUGGCGAUACCAACGGCCGGCCCUGCACUGUGCAUGUCCUGUUUCCCGUCGCCAUCACUUCCGGCGUCCUUGGGCCGCGCUGCGCAGGCGUGACAGCUGCCGGUUUCAGUUGAGAACGGUGUCGGGCUCGGCUUGUGCAUUUGCGGACCGUGGUCCGGGAAACAUGGGCAAGCGGGAUAACCGAGUGGCCUUUAUUAAUCCAGUGGCUCUUGCAAGAGCUCGAGGCCCUGCACCUUCUUCAGGACCUUCUAUACAAGAUUACUUGAGUCGACCAAGACCUACUUGGGAAGAAUUAAAAGAGCAGCUUGAGAAAAAAAAGAAAGGUUCAAAAGCUCUUGCAGAUUUUGAAGAGAAAAUGAAUGAGAAAUGGAGGAGAGAGCUUGAGAAAAACAGAGAAAAGAAGCUUGGUGGAAGUGAAAGUUCAUCUAAAAAGAGAGAGAAAAAACGAAAAGAAAAGAAGAAAAGUAGGCCGUCUUCAUCUUCCUCCUCAUCAUCAAGCUCUGAUUCUUCCAGCAGCUCUUCGGACACUGACAGUAAGGAUGAAAAGAAACAUGUUAAGAAGAAACGCAAGAGAAAGCAUAGUACUGUGAGAAAGUCCUCAGAUGAUUCUCAAGUUGAUUGUGACAUGAAUACUAAGCAUUGGUAUAUUUGUUUUAAGGAAAGUACAAAAAAUAAAAAGAGAAAAAUCAAGGAAGAAACUGAAAAAGAACAGGAUAAGAAGAAGAAGCGUGAUCAUGCACAGAGAAGGUCCUCAGAGGAAAAAUCUGACUCAGCUGAAGAAAAUAAGGUACAGUCAAGGAAAAAGAAAAGUAAUGAAGAGAGAGAGAAAACUGCAAUGUGGUCAUCAAUCUUAAUUUUGUUGCUGGCAAACUUGGCCUCAACUGAAGUGCAAUGUCCAGAUGGAAGACCUUGCCCAGACGAAUCAACGUGUUGCAAACUUGAAUCUGGUAGUUAUGACUGCUGCCCAAUGAAAGAGAAUAUCCAGCGUUGGGAUGGGACCAAGCGCUGUGGGAAAGGUGACACAGAUCCAUCAUCCUCAGCACAGAAAUAUCCCAGCAUUCCUGUGGAAAGUGCUCUGAGCAUCAAUGUCAAGAGUGACAGUUCAGUAGUCCAAUGUGAUUAUUGGCAUUUCUGUCUGGAUGGAUAUACCUGUUGUAAAGUGCAAACUGGAGGCUGGAAUUGCUGCCCACAACCUCGGUUCGUCUGUUGUUACGGUGGGACAAUGUGCUGCCCACAAGGUGAUACCAAUCCAUCAUCCUCAGCACUGAAAUAUCAUAGUGUUUCAGUGAAAAACCAGGCACUUGAAAUGGAAAGUGCUUUGAGCAGUGGUGUAAACAGUGACAACUCAAAAGUCUAUUGUGACUAUACACAUUACUGUCCGAAUGGAUAUUCCUGUUGUAAAACGCCGAACGGAGGUUGGAGUUGCUGCCCACAACCUCAGGCUGUUUGUUGUAAAGAUGGUGUCCACUGCUGUCCUCAUGGCACCAGAUGUGAUCUUCAGAGGUCAAAGUGUAUAAAGGAUAGCGCCAGUAUACCAUGGCUCAUGAAGGAACCUGCAAUGAUUCAGUCAGAAGCUCUGCAGAACAGCCUCAGUGGUGAUGGCUCAGUCGUCUAUUGUGAUGACACACAUGUUUGUAAAGCUGGAAGUACAUGCUGUAGGUUGAAGAACAGAGAAUGGGGAUGCUGUCCAUAUCAUAAUGCUCACUGCUGCUGGGAUGAAAAACACUGCUGUCCGAAAUAUCACAUCUGUGAUAUAAAGCAUCAACGCUGCUGGAAGAUCUUUCCUUCAUACAACUGGAUGCAGCUCUCCCCGAGCAAAACAUCUGAAGAUUCUGAAAAUCUUUAAAGCUGCCCUGCAUCUAUCAUAGUACUGAGGUUAAGAUUACAAAAACGGCAUACUUUUAUUCUGCAUUGCAGCUAUAGGUAGAAAUAGCAUUGGCAUCUUGGUUUCUAUUUGGUGGAUACUUUCAAUAAUCACAUGACAGAAAAUCAUUCUUUACUUGUCUACUUUUGAAAGAAUUACCAGAUUUGUCCAUUUGGCAGAAUUUUUAUAAGAGAUUAUUGUCAAAUAUUAUUGUUUUUGUUGUCCAGUAAAUCUUUGUUGAGUUUUAGCACAUACAUGUAUCUUAAUUAGUUGCUACUAAACAAGUAUCAAGAAUAUGGCAAGGAGAUUUAAUUAUGUUGAUUGUAAAAAUAAAAAAAACAUCAUUUUUGGUGA